AUGGACACGAUCGAGCGGGAAUACGUCCGCAACGUGUACUCCCGACUGGCUUCUCAUGCAUCGCAAAACUUCUUCGAGAGUGCCCAUCAGAGAUCAUGGCCUCGGGUAUCAGAAUUCAUCAGGAAGUUGGAAACUGGCAGUUUGAUACUUGACAUUGGUAAUUUCCUAUUGAUUCUUUAAGAUUUCGAGUGUAAUUAAAAUACUGAACCCUAAUUACAGGUUGUGGUCCAAAUAAAUAUCGGACAAGCAGACAUUUUGUAAUUGGAGUGGACAAUUGCCCCGAGGUGCUGAUACGAUCAAACGACGGUAGAAGCAGGGAUGUUGUUAUCGCCGAUGCUUCCAAUCUUCCGUUCCGGUAUGAGAAAAAGAGUGUAUUAUAAGUGAAACUUCAGAAGGGAUAUCGCGGAUUCAGCUCUAUGCAUCUCAGUUUUACAUCAUCUCUGCAAAGUAAAACGUCGGAAAGAAUGUUUAGCAGAGCUCGGUAGAGUAAUGAAACGCAACGGCCUCUUACUAAUAUACGUUUGGGCCUUCGAACAACCCAAUGGGACAUUCCCAUCUCAGGAUAUUCUAGUCCCCUGGAAUAUGCACGAAAUUCCACAUGCCGGUAACUACGACUAACACUGUUAACAUUCCUUUACAGGGUGCCUACCAAUUAUAAAAUUCCACAAAGAUUCCACCAAGGAACAACGAAUCAUUGCAGUAAGUAUGGUAUAAUUAUGCUUAAGACUGAAAUUUUUCUAGAAUUCAAUUCCCGUCCGUUUGCACGAAAACGAUUACUCUCAAUUCUUUAGCACCAUUCUAAAAUUUCUUAAUCACAAAAUGUCACGCAUGAAACGAGAACUACCUCCAGCGAUCCCUCAUUUCUUGUUUUCCCAGACGUCGCGUCUGUUAUCUGGCAUAAAUAGUUGGUCGCCCACAUUGAACAGAAAGCUUAGAGCUCUCAGAGGGGCCACAAUUCCAACAUAUGCUGAAGAAUUAGCUAAUCAGAUCCUCGAAGAUGGCAUCGUUGAGGCCAUGUCGACUCUUCGAAAGGUUAUCUUCUACAGAUAUUAUCAUGUAUUCAAAAGAGGAGAGCUCGAGAAUCUCGUAGAAAGCGACAAAACAAUUGGAUUCUUCGUCUUAAAGUCUGAAUACGAGUCCGCCAAUUGGGCGUUGUUGCUAAGAAAGGAAUAA